AUGGCCGAAGAUUCCUUCCUGCACCUCGCCCGCCCCCUUGGCCCGGUCUCUGUGGGGACCGCUCCGACCACUGCCCCUCUUAACGUGGUCAUCCAGCCGCAGGCCAUCUUCUCCAUUCUUGACCACUCGCUGCGCCGUAACGCCGACCAGGAACGUGUCAUCGGUACCCUGCUGGGAACACGAUCGGAGGAUGGAGGUGAGGUCGAAGUGCGCUCCGCGUUCGCCGUGGGCCACUCUGAGGCCGAGGACCAGGUCGAGGUCGACAUGGAGUACCACAAGCAGAUGCUCGCCCUGCACCUGAAGGCCAACCCGCGCGAAGUUCUCGUCGGUUGGUAUGCCACCGCCUCCGAGCUGAACACUUUCUCCGCCUUGAUCCAGAACUUCUACAGCGGCCAGGGCGACGGCACAUGGCCCCACCCCGCCGUCCACUUGACCGUGUCUACUGAGGCCGGCAAGGACCUCGAGACCCGGGCCUACAUCUCCGCCCCCGUUGGUGUCACCGCUGAACGGGCUGCCGACAGCGCCGCUUUCAUUCCCGUCCCCUACGAGCUCCGAUACGGCGAGGCCGACAAGAGCGGUCUUGAGGCUAUUGCCAACGCCAAGGAUGUUGAGGAGCGCUCCACCAGCGUGAUGACCGACGUUGAGGCGCUCGAGCGCGCGAUUGAGGAGGUUCUGGGUAUGAUUGACCGUGUAUCGCGAUAUGUCGAGUCGGUCAUUGACGAGGAGACCCCCGCCUCCACUGCCAUGGGUCAGUUCCUGCUGAACGCCCUGGCUCUGGCUCCCAAGGUCGAGCCCGCGGACGUUGAGCGGGACUUCAACAACCACAUCCAGGACGUUCUGGUCGUCUCAUACCUGGCCAACACCAUCCGCACACAGAUGGAGCUGUCCAACCGGCUAGCAACCGCCCAACUCACCCUUGGCGGCGGCGAGGCCACCGGUACUACUGGCGAGGGCAACCAGCGCAACCAGCGCGGCGGCAAGGGUGGCCGCCAGCAGCGCCAGGAGCGCGCUGCCCCCGAGGAGGCCCGCGCAUAA